CAGGAAGUACCGCCUCCCUUGUCCCUUCUGCUUGAUGCUGGUCUCUUUUUUAUGCUGCUGGAGCCCAAAAAAGGGGGACCGUUUCGGGAUUUCUUUUUUUCCCCCUCCGAUCCAGGCCAUAGAGAGCGGAAGGACGGUGAAAGCCGGGCCGGACGUUUGGUCACCCGGAAGAAGAGAUAACUGGAAAUACCUAGUCAUGCAAUGGCUUUUGAAGACAUACCAAAAAAGGACUGGUAUAGCAUCUUGGGUGCAGAACCCUCUGAUAACUUAAAAGAAUUGAAAAGGAAAUAUCAAAAGCUAAUAUUAUUGUAUCAUCCAGACAAACAGAGCACAGAUGUGCCAGCAGGAGAAGCAGAGGCACGCAUGCAGAGGUUCAUCGAAAUUGAUCGAGCAUGGAAAAUUCUAGGAAAUGAAGAGACAAAAAAAGAGUAUGACCUGCAGCGGCGUGAAUAUGAGUUAGAACAAGGAUUUCCAGUGGAUACUCAGGUUCCACUUGAAGAUAUGACCUGGAAUCCCAGUGAUCACUGUUAUUCUUUCACGUGCAGAUGUGGUGGAAAAUACAUUGUUUCCAAAAAUGAAGUUGAAGAUGUUUCAUUAGUAAGCUGUGAUACAUGUUCAUUAGUUAUAGAAAUUAUUUGAUGUGCCAUCCAGGAAAUACAUCAAUGCGGCUAGUAUUGUAAAUAGCUGGAAUAGUAAAGAAUAGUUCAAUCUGAAAUGGUUUAAUUCUUGCAUUCCAAAUGGUUGAAUGUGUGUGAAAAUUCUCAGAAGAAAAGGUAUGUGAUGAUAAUUUUUAGGCUCUGUUUCAUUAAAACUAAAUUACAAAUAACCUGAAUCAUGAUACAUCAUUUAUUGAAUAUAAAAAUAUAAAUCACAUUUGAAAGAUUAAAAAAGAUGACAAGAUAAAUCAAUUAGCCUUUACAAAUCCUGUGACUGUUGGGACUUGAACGCAGAAAUCCAAAAUCCGUCAAAGGCCAAAGCUGUGAAAUAAAACAAACAAUUAUUUAAUACGUUGAGCAUCAGUCAUCCUUUAGCUUUUCUCUGUUUCAACUGAAGUGUUAAUGCAGUGAACUGAACAUCUUAAACAGGCUAGUAGUACAGAUUUACUCACUGUAUUUUUCAGACUAUAAGACACAUUUCUCCCUCCUCCCCAAGUGAGUGGAACUGUCUGUGUGUCUUAUAGAACAAAUAUUGUGGCGGGGAUGGUGGUGUGGCGCCAAUCAGCUCUUCUAGGUGGUGGGGGUUGCCGCUGCCUAUUGUUGCCGCUGCCUGUUUGCGGCGAUCGGCGGCAAACGGGAAGAAGAGGCAGAUUUUUUUUUCUUUUUUCCUCCUCUAAAAGCUAAUGUGCAUCUUAUAGUACAGAACAUCUUAUAGUCAGAAAAAUACGCUACAUAUGCUCUUCACUUAAACUACAGUGUUGGGAGAAUUUCUAGAAUGAAAUAUGUUUAUUUAAUAAGUAAAAUAUUUGGAAUUAUCUAGAAUGAAUUAUAGUUCCAAUCUCUCCCUACUGCUUCUCUGGAUACACAUCAUGGGAAAAAUACACACUCAAUGGUGACUGAUCAAGAGUUCAGAUGAUAUAUUAAGAUUGUUUAGAAAAUUAGAACGUUUAUAUUGGUUUAAUUUUCUCACAUAUUUUUCUGUAAGGGCUAAAUAUUUUAAUUGUUUAAGAUGGGUCCCCAACCCCUAGUCUGUAGACUGACAUAGGGCUAUGGAAAUCAGGCCGUAUGGACAAGUGAAGCCCCAUCUACAGGAUGCAGACAGCAUGCAACACCAUGCCCCCUCCGAUCCAUGGAAAAACGUCUUUCCACGGAAUUGGUCCCUGUUCCCCAAAAGCUUGAGGGUCACUGGUUUAAGAUAAUGUGAAUAUAUAUGACUAAUUCUCGUUACUUUAAGAUGUAUAUAUGACUAUUAUGGAGGAUUUGUUUUAUUUCUGCAUUAAAAAAUCAUUUGUACUCUUUAGGCAGACCCUCAUCUAAACAAAAUAGGUGAAUUAUGAAUAACUAUGAGAUGUGAGAGUUAGCCAGCAAACUACAAUUGCAUAAAAAACAAUACAGAUGAAAUACACCCAGGCUGAGGUUGGAAGCUGAAAUAGUUUUUUAAAAUAUGUCAUUAAAGUCAUCUGUUUAUGGGAGAAUGGCAUAAAACCAUUUUUAUAAAAUGAUCCAUCACACUAAAAGCAUGUUAGGCCUAAUAUUGAGGAAGAGAAGGGUGGCUUCUCUAAGGAAAAGCUUUAUACUACAGCCAUUUAUGUUAUUUGACACUGUAAACAUGUAAAUAUUGAUCUGGAAGAUUUUAUACUUCGAUUUCUGAAAAGCUUUUAGCAAAUCCCUCGCUAAGCAUUUCUGAAUCAACUAAGCAAACAAGGAAUUAGAGUUCAGGUACUCUUAGGAAUCAAUAACUGGUUAAAGAAAAGCAGCAAUCAGCGUAGGAAUAACUGAAGAGAAGAAAAGCAGUGGAGCCGCUGAAGGUGUGGAAUGAGUGGUAUUUUAGUAUCUGUUGU